GUUGAGUCAGUGUGCGGCCAUCUUUGUCACAUUUGACGUUUACGGCGGCGCUCGGCUUGGUGUUUUGUCUGCGUUGUUGAAAUAGAAUUAUAAUUUACUCCAAUAAAUAGUUUGUACUAGUGAAAUACGUUUGUGGAAAUAUUUCUUGCAUUUCAUUUAUUUUCAAGAUGGCGAAUCGUAGACCGCAAAGCAACGGUGGGCGUCGCAUGGACUUCCAACGCAAUGAUCGCGGGAAGAACUUCGGGCGCAGCGGAGUGUCGCCGUGGCAGGGCAGUGGACCCGGCGGCGGCAUGCCUAACUUGCUCCCGCUGUCGGGAGGCUCCACGGAGGCUACUCUGGCUCUAGCCAACAAUAUCAUCAAUCUGCUACAACCUCGUCAGAACCCUGUCCCUUCACUCCUCGAUAUGCCUAUCCGACGUGAUUUCGGACCCAACAUGGGUCGGUAUGAUCGUGGUUAUGGACCUACCAGGAUGGGCAAUCAAGGUAAUUUCCGGCGUACGGGAACUUACAAUCGCUCCGGUGAGCGUGUCAACAACAAUCGUAAACCAUAUAGGCCCAAUGAUGGGCAAAGGCAACAAAACAAGAGUUCCCCGAAAAAGGAGGCCGAUUCAAAGGCUAAACCUGUUAAGGAGAGCAAACCAUCCCGCAGUGAAACCGAAGAAAAGAAUGAUGCUGCCCCAACUGAGCAAGACAAGGAAAAGGGUGAGGACACCAAGAAGGAGGCUCCGAAGACCAGAUACGACGACAUUAACCCUCAACUGUUGAAAUGUCACAUCUGUAACAAGAGCAUGUGGGAUGGCAGGUCCUUUGAGAACCAUCUGAGCGGACGAGCUCAUGCUAUUAUGAUGACGAAGACUGCGGAGAGCUAUGCGCUCACUGCUGAUACCAUGCGUCAGGAGUUUAAGAUCCGCGAGAUGAAACGCACUCGCAAAGCAGGCCAGCAGCCCGCCCGCGACUUCUACUGCGCGAUGUGUGACAUGUACGCGGCCGACGGAGCCAUCCAUCGCACCACUGUCGGACAUCGCAAGCUCAAGAAGUACCUGCACCCCACCUGCACAUCCUGCCACAAGGAGAUGCCCACCAGGAUCGAGCUGGAUGAGCAUCGCCUUACUGCGGAGCAUCUGAGGAAUAUGCAGGACAAGCAAGAGAUUAUUACCAAGCCUAAGCCUGAGGUGAUGGUGAUCUCGACCUUGAACAUGGAGCAGCUGUACUUGCGCGAGGACAGGCAGCGUCGUCGCCGCAACGACGACAAGAACGGAACCGACAAGGAUGGAGAUGACGCUGAGGCCAAGGAUGGAGAGGGAGAAAACCAGGAGGAAGCUAAGAAUGAGGGAGAAGGUGAAGCAAAGCCCGAGGGUGAUGCAGAAGAGAAGAAGUCCAAACUGGAUAAUGAUAAGACUAUCCUGGACUACAAGGAGGGCGAUGACCUGACUGGAGCUACUCAGGAUAUGUUCCCGGCUUACAGCACUGAACGUGGUGUGGGCGGUUCAUUCCUGUCAGAAUUCCGCUGCGUACAGUGCAGCCUCUGCCGCAAGUUGCUGGAUACUGAUGAGACCGCGCAGGUACAUCUCCGCACCUGGAGACAUCAUCAACUGUUCACCAGGCUCUUGGCUGAGAAGAGCGGCACCCAAGUGCAGGGAAAUGAGACGAACAGUAACAAGAGGUCGUUGGAUGCUGAUGAAAACCCGGAUGCUAAGCGUCGCAAGCUUGAUGAUGAAACUGAGCAGAACGGACACGAUCAUGAUGAUGAGAACAAGGAAGAUGAAGUCCUGGAUUCUGCUGCGGAGGACUCCAUCCUGAACAAGGAUGAUGGUGAGGGUGGAGACGCUGGCGAGGACAUGGAUAACUGGGAGCAGACCGUCGAUGAGAUCUUGGAGGAUGAGAAUAAUGACUCGGUACAAGAAGAGCAACCUGCACCAGAGCCACCAAAGCAGGAAGAACCAGUCAAACAGGAGCCAGAGAAGCCCAAGACUCCACCACCAGCACCACCAGCACCACCAGUAGUCCAGGCUGCCCCCGUCGAGAGGCCCCGGGGCUCACCACGCGGGCGCGGCCGCGGCAGGGGAAGGGGCCGUGGACGGUAUUAGACCCAUACAGCACUUAGUCAUCACACAAUCACUAUUUGGGAUGUUUCCAUACAUAAAAGUAACUGAAAAUCGUCAAUUACUACGCAAAAACUUCUCAGAUAUUGUUUCUUAAGUUAAAAUCUAUAAUAGAUAUUAACGGUUUAUCUGGAUGAGAAAAUAUAUUAUAGUUUUUACAUUUCUAUAAUGUUCAUGCAUAAUAAAUGUGUUGUCACAACAUAUGACAUCCUACAAAAAUUAUAUCAAAAUGUCGAUUUUACAUUCUAUAAAUGCAUUGCGGCUGGAAACAUCCCUAUUUAUUAUUUAAAACAAUAAAUUCUGAAAGAAAAUAGCUGUUUUGUCAAUGUCUUUUGAUUUUGAGGCCUGGCAGGUCUUUAUAAAGUUAUUAUAGGCCUUUUCUACAAUACGUACAUUAUUUUGAAACAGGCCUAUAUAAUUUAAAUUACUCCAUCAGCUGUAUUAUCAGUGUUGUGCAUAGUUGUUUUAUUUAGCUAUUUUUCUACAUCAUAAGACAUACAAUAUAUUUGUAUAACCGAAUACUUAUACCAAGAUGUAAGUUUUAGAUUUACCAAUAGAAAAAACUGUAUACAUGAUCAUUUUACGUCAUAUUUAUAAACUUGAACUGACUGAGUGUUCAGCCAUGUCACUUAGAUAUUCACAUUCAAGCAACAUUAAACUUUUCAUUGAACUCAAUGACAUUCUAUUCUUUUGCUUAAACUUGAAUACAAAGAUGUAAUUUCAACUUAAUAAUAGUAGUAAUAGAAGUUGUUUUAGCUACUACAAUAACUAAAAUAAUUACUAUUUUGUGACACCACAGAUUCUUGUUCAUAGAUAUUACAGAUUACAUAAUGAUUAUACUCCCAGGUAUCUGAAUAUGACUUAAAAAGAUUGUGUCCUUACAAGUAGGAAAUAGAGUUAUAUUUACCCAGGUUUUGUGUGGUACCUUUAUAAUAAAGUAUAGAUACAGAAUUCCUGACAGCUACUAUAUUAUGAGUUGAUUGUGCAAUUCAUAAUUAAUAAUAAUUAUGUAUAUUAUGUCCUUACACAAAAGUGUAUAAUUUACUUUAUAUUUAUAUAAACUUUACUAUAGAAUUUAUGCCUAGGCUAGAAUUCGACCUAAUACUUACAUAGAUUUGUUUUCUAACUAAGUUGAUCAGGAAUAUUAUUGCAUUUCACUAUAAACUUCUGCAGAAAUUAUAUUUUCAAAGUUUAUUUAUAACAACUUCUUAGGAGGUUGGCUUAGGACUGAUUUAUUAUAAAUUGAAAGCGAAAAAAUUAUUAUAGUAUUUUGAGUUUUAUAGAAUGGCCAUUUAUCCAGCUGUUUAGUUGUUAAAGGAGAGUUUACUUAAAACCCAUUAAUAUAAGGUCUAAAUCUACCAAGAAAUUAUUCCUGCAAAUAGUAUAAUAUCAACAGCAGGUCUAAACCAAAAUAUGUUAACUUUUAAGUCAAGUAUAAUCGUCAAAGUAUGGUAUGAUUUGCUUACUUAUAGUUCUUUAUAACUAUAGAACUAAUUGUCUCUGCUCAUUUAUAAUCUUUUGCUUAAAAUUAGUGCACAAUUUUAACAUAGUAAUUAACAUGUCUAGCACAUUAGGCAGAACAAUUAUAAUCAAGACUCGAUUCAAUGUAUCUCAAAAUUAUUUCAGUUUAAUUAUUAAUAGGUUAUAGUGUGAAAACUAGAUAUUUAGUGUAGGCUUGCAUUUUCUACUAUUAGAAAAUAAAAUAUCUGUGACUUCCGCUUAUUAUUAGGUCUUGAAAUUGAGUACUUUAUCUUCUUACCAUUUGUAUGGUAUUCUUUAGUGUAUGUUAUGGGGUAAAAUACCCAUUAAAACAAAAGGUAAACUUCCCAAUAUUUGGUUCAAAGCACAACUAAGUUCAUAUUGCAAUUGUAAUGAAGAUUUCAUAAUCUAAUAAUUUGUUGUAAAAUUUUUACAUGGUUUAGUUGUGCUGUGGGUCCUUAAUACUUCUUGUAUAUUUCUAUAUAUCUCUAAUGUCUGAGAUUUCCUUUUUCUAUAUGUAAUGUGAUUAUUCAAAUAAAAUAAAUCAAUAAAAUGUC